AAAGAGUACGAUCUAUGAAUACGUAUAUCUAUGGUUUUAUCAUUUCAAUUUCUAAUUUCUAAAGAAAGACGCGGCAAAAACAUUGUUAUAUCGAGAAUGGCAAGAUAUUCUAGCGAAUCGGAUUCGGAUCCUAGUAGAUAUCGAAGAAGACGAAAUCGAAAAUCAAGAUCUAGCACUUCCGAUAGUAGUGAAUCUUCUCCUCAUCGAAGGAGAUCGUCGAGGCAUUCGAAAACAAAACGUAGACACCGUUCGCAUUCAAGAAGUAGAGGAAGAGAUCGAAAUACAAAAGGUCAUAAAGGCUCUAGAAGCAGUCAUUCAAGAGACCGAGAUAAGAGACGUUAUCAUAGCAGUACAGGUAGAUCUCACUCUUCUGAUCGUUCGAGAAGGAAAGCUAGAUCUACUUCCAGGGACAAAUCGCGAAGUCCUUCCAGCAGUUCGCAAUCAAAUCAAUCAAAAUUCAAUGUUGAGAAGAAUCAAGUUGUAGCAACAAAAGAUGAUUUUCCUAUUGAGCCACGUUUUAAAGAUGGUGUACUUGAGGAAAUAAAUGCUGAAGGUUUCACUCCAAAACAAUUUACUUCAUCUGUUAAAGAAAAUAAAUUUAAGAAUAUAGUUAUAGAUAUUAGUUCUGAUACUAUACAGAUUCCAUCAGUACCUAAUAUUCCUAGCGGUCUAGAAAGUAUAUUUCACACAUCAAUUAUGAUGGAUCAAGAGGCAAGAUUUGAUAAAUGGGUGAAAAAGCUCUAUACUCUUAGACAAAAAGCUAUAGCAGAGAGAGAUAGAGAGACUUAAUACAUACAAAUAUUAUUUAAACUAUAAUU